CAUAAAAACCAAGUGCAUGCUUCCAGCAGCUGAUCAGAGCACUUUUCCAGUCCUCUGCUUACAGUGAUUGCUUCUUUCACUGGAUCUCGCACGGCUUAAGGUGGCACCAGCAUAACUGAUCUGUAGAGAGGAAUAAAAGCAGUGCUAAUGGGAAAUCAGUCCAGAAAAAUAUUAACCAAGCCUACGUGAGCAGUUUGUCAUGCAUUGAUGAAAACCCAAGGGAACACGUAUGCAGCAGAAAAUAUCUGCAGGAAAGGAGGCAACAAGAAAGUAAUCAAAGGACAUUAGAGAAGAGACAUUACACCUUAUUUAAGUUGCCAUGGCUGUCCAGCCAGUUCCAGUGCGAUUUCUUGUCAUCAUCCUCCACCUUGCUCAGUUCAGUUCUGUCCAUGCUGGAGCUUACUAUGGGAUCAAGCAGAUGCCCCAGCAACAUGCUCCAAUGCAGCAAAUACCUCACAUUCCAAUGGGUAAGGAGGGCAUACCCAUGCAGCACCUGGGCAAGGAGAUGGCACACCUGCAGUAUGGCAAAGAAAUUCCAAUAAUACCACAGUACAGGAAAGAGAUACCACAGAUGCCUUUGCACAUGGGGAAGGAAAUACCAAGAAAAGAAUUCAAAGAAAUGCCCCUAAAGGGUGAAAUGGGUCCACCAGGAGAGAUGGGACCCCGAGGACCUCCUGGGCCACAAGGCCCCCCUGGGCUUCCAGGCCAGGGUUUACCAGGACCAAUAGGAAAUCAAGGACCACCAGGACCACCUGGCUAUCCUGGAAUUGGAAAACCAGGUUUGCCGGGAAUGCCAGGCAAGCCAGGUGGUAUAGGUCUUCCAGGACAAAAAGGGGAGAUGGGACAAAAUGGAGAAGCAGGACCAAUGGGUAUGCCAGGACCACCAGGACAUCCUGGCCCAUCUGGACUCCCUGGUUUGGGAAAGCCUGGUGGUCAAGGAUUGCCAGGUCAGCCAGGAUUUAAGGGAGAACCUGGGCUUAAGGGUCCUUCGGGUCUUCCAGGGCUGCCAGGACUUAAAGGUGAUAAAGGAAUAGGCAUGCCAGGGUUACCUGGAGUAAAGGGUCCUGCAGGACCACCAGGUCCACCAGGACAAGUAGGACUUCCAGGAAUAGGUAAACCAGGUCUUAAUGGUCUUCCUGGGGCUCCAGGUGGGCCUGGGAAACCAGGACUUCCUGGUGAGCCAGGAGUACAAGGGAUAGGAGGUCCAAUUGGGCCACCAGGUCCACCAGGUCUUCCAGGUGCUGGUAAACCAGGACAUGAUGGUAUCCCAGGUCAGCCAGGCUUUCCUGGUGCCAAAGGAGAAGUGGGUCUACCAGGUUUGCCUGGGGCACCUGGACUACAUGGAAUUGCAAAACCUGGUCUUCCUGGACCAAAGGGUGAACGUGGAAUUGAUGGAAUCCCAGGUGCCCCAGGACCUAAAGGAGAUAAAGGGUAUGGAGGUGUGCCAGGAAUGGCAGGCCCUCCUGGAGCAAUUGGACCACCUGGUUUGCCUGGGCCCAUGGGGCCUCCAGGAGGUGUUGGAUUUCCUGGUCCUAAAGGGGAGGGUGGUGCAAUAGGUCCACCAGGUCAUAUAGGCCCAAAAGGAGAAUCAGGCCCUCCUGGCCUACCAGGUCAGCCUGGAUUUCCAGGUGAAGCAGGACAACCUGGACAACGGGGUUUACCGGGGCCUUUGGGACCUAAAGGUGAAAGUGGGCACAAAGGAUUGCCUGGUCCAGGUGGUGCACCUGGCCAACCUGGUCCAAAAGGAGAAAAUGGACUGCCAGGUGAACAAGGACUUCAGGGUCCUAUAGGCAUUCCUGGCAUUAUAGGACCCAGUGGUCCAAUUGGUCCUCCUGGAUUACCAGGCCAUAAAGGAGAGGUAGGUGCUCCAGGUCAACCUGGAAUUCCCGGAAUAGGUAAACCAGGACCCCAAGGUCUUCUUGGGCCCCCGGGAAAACCAGGUGUCAUUGGACCAUCUGGUCAACCUGGCCAGCCUGGUCCUCCAGGACCACCUGGCCCACCAGGGCCUCCUGCACCAACACCAGGCUUUGGACAGAUAAUGCCCGAGAUGGGUCCUCGUCUAGAUGGUGUGAAAACUCCACCCAGCGGGUACAAAAAAGGCAAGAAUGGAGAGGUAAUGGGUGGACCUGGAGGUUUUCUGGAGAUGCCUGCUUUUACAGCUGAGCUGACAACACCUUUUCCACCAGUUGGAACUCCAGUCAAGUUUGACAAGCUUCUCUACAAUGGUCGUCAGAAUUACAAUCCACAAACAGGCAUCUUUACAUGUGAGAUUCCCGGAAUUUACUAUUUUUCCUAUCACGUGCACUGCAAAGGUGCCAAUGUCUGGGUGGCACUCUACAGGAACACUGAACCAAUGAUGUAUACAUAUGAUGAGUACAAAAAAGGAUUCCUUGACCAAGCUUCUGGUAGUGCUGUGCUUCAGCUUAGACCAGGAGACAAAAUAUAUAUUCAGCUGCCAUCAGAACAAGCCGCAGGACUCUAUGCAGGUCAAUAUGUUCAUUCAUCAUUCUCUGGAUAUUUGCUAUAUCCGAUGUAAAGUGAAGUAUAACAUAAACACUUGAAAAUGAAAGCAAUUCUGUACUGUCCAAAGCUACAGUUAUUGUUGGAGAAUUCAGACCAGCUUUAAAGAGCCAAAGGCAAGUUCAGGUUUGAAGGUUCUUGUAUGCACAGCUUCUUGUAUCCUCUGUGUGGGUGUAUAUUAACUACAUUCAUGCUAUAUUCUCUCGCUCAGAAAAUAAGCAUUCCUAUGGAACAUGUUUUUUCAUGUUGACUUUUGAAUUACUCAGUCUAUUUCAUAGUAUUUCAUUUUUCACUUUACAGUAUCUUUUAUUCUAUCUUUGAUGUCACAUUACUUAAUGAACUGUAAAAUUAAUGUAGAUAACUUUUUAUUAUAAAUAUGUUCACAGUUCAUUUAAUGAAUAUGUUUUACAAAAACGACUGACGACAAAGGUAAAAAUCUAGAAAAAUGUAAAUGAUAAAGGCUACUUCAUGUCACAGGAACGAUACUCUCUGCCCAGUGAAAAUAACAAAUGAGCUUAUGUAGCAUUAUAUGAAAUCAUCUUCUGAAAUUGGUGUAUAAGGGAUUUUAUAUGUUAUGGUAUAAGAUGUUUGUUAUUAAAAUAACAAUAUGACAAACCUCUGUUUUAUUUGAGGACUUGAAAAUAUUUUUCCCCAGAAAAUGCGAGCAGUAAAAUCUAGGAUGCAUUUUUAAAUUAAUGCUUAAAGUUUUAUUCAUGAAAUAAUGUUAUAAAGGUGGUGAAUGGCCGCUGCUUGAAGGUUUUAAAUGAAGCAAAACCUAGGAAAACGUGAAGUGUAAUUAGCUAUUUGUCCUUAUCAGAUAACAGGAAGUUGAAGAGUAGUUUCUUUAAAAUUAUAAUAAAUUAAUGUAAGGUUCAGGACAAAACUUAAGUAGGCUUUCAUGUUGAUGCUCAUAUUUCGAUUGAACCAUCUGAUAUGUACAUUACAUAUUCAAAUAUUACAUAAGAGCAAGACUGAGUUUUCCUUUGUAUUCUGAUUGUCCUUUCCUAGUGAUACAGCCUAAGGUAAUAAUAUAUUGAAAGUAUAACUGAAAUAGAUUUGAUCCCAUUCAAAAUUUAAUGGCCCAUGUGCGUGUACAAAUAGCAAUAUAAGAGAACCAAUAAGCAUUUCUUAAAGAUUGUUCUAGAGAAACUGCAAAUGAAAAGUCAAUAAUCCCUGGAAAGGGUGCCAUAUUGCAGUAUUAAUGUUGUCAUCACAGCUAUCAAAUGGACUUACAGCUACAGUUUUUUGGCUAUUAUAUUAAACUUAUUUUUUCUUUUUCCCCCUAUUGUCCAAUUUUACCUCACCAGCGUAAAAUCAUAUGAAAUAUUUUUUUGUUCCAAUAUGGAUUAGUCUGGGUCUCUGCUAACAAGCUGAAUUACCUACCAAAGGUUCCAUUUUGUUAUUUGUUUCUGUAAUUUAUUUGUCUGACUACUGAUUGCCUUAAUUUGUAUAUGAGCAGAAGGGCAGGAGGACCACAAAACAAAAGAAAAUGAAGAAAAAUUUAAACAAAUAUGCUACUUUGUCUGAAAAUGGUGCUAAACUUUUAACCAAGACGAUUAAUGAGUUGAUUUUUUUUUUUUAUUAAAGACUGAUUCAAUAAAAUAAUGUGAGGUUU